AAAUAAAUAUUGUGAACCUUUUCCCUCGCUCCUUCCGCCUUCCAUGGCCGUUUAACCAAUCUUUCAACUGCGAUUUUAAUUCGUUUGAUGCCCCAGAUCCCAAAAUGUUGAUAGAAACCCGGUAAAACUCUGCAAAUCCCAUGGAUUCUGAUUCGCUUCUCCUUAUAUUGCCUUCACUCGUAGCUGUACGCAUGAACGUGUCCUCAGAGAGGAACAGGGAACGAACUCGUUGAGAAAAUUCUCGAAUGUCAAGAAUCGGAUGAAUCAAAAUUUUCCAAAAAUUUCGUAAUGCGUUCGUUCAAUUCCCCUAUCACUGCAAUCGACGCUGCAAAGUAUUUUCACAGCCCCGUGCACAAAGCCGUGCUCACUCGCGAUCAUGCUGCCCUAAAGCAAAUCCUUGCCGCUAUUCCCCGCAUCUCCCCGCCUUCUCAAAGCCUAACCGAGGCCGAAUCCAUCGCCGAGGAAGACAAGGCCAACGCCAUUUCAGCUGUCAUUGAUCGCCGCGAUGUCUACGAGCGUGAAACCCCUCUCCACCUCGCCAUCAAACUCGGCGAUGCCACCGCCGUUGAGAUGCUCAUGGCCGCCGGAGCGGAUUCUAGCCUCCAAAACAUGCAGGGAUGGAGCCCUCUUCAAGAAGCCAUCUGUGCUCGAGAGGAACAAAUCGCAAAAAUCAUUGUUCAGCAUUACCAGGCCUUAGCCUGGGUCAAGUGGUGUCGCCGAAUGCCACGCAUUGUGGCUGCCAUGAAUCGGAUGAGAGAUUUCUAUAUGGAGAUCAAUUUCCAUUUCGAGAGCUCCGUGAUCCCUUUCAUAUCAAGAAUUGCUCCAUCUGAUACCUACAAGAUAUGGAAGCGGGGAUCGAAUCUGAGAGCAGAUAUGACGCUUUCCGGCUUCGAUGGUUUGAAGAUUAAGCGAGCCGAGCAGAGCGUUUUGUUUUUGGGAGCAGGUUCGGUUGAUGGGAAGGUAAAGCCUGCUAGGUUGUACUUAAUCUCGCAUAAGGAUAAGGAGGUUCUCGAUGCUUUGGAUGGAGCAGGGGACUUGGUUUCUGAUGCUGACUUGCAACAGGAGGUUGCAGCUCUGUUUAGAACCAAUGUUCUUCGACCAGGGCUUGAUGUUACCCGUACGGUGCUAGUUCCACAGAUGAAUUGGAGAAAGCAGCAAAGGUUGGAGAUGGUUGGGCCAUGGAAAGCUAAGGUCUACAACAUGCAUCAUGUAGUUGUUAGUAUAAGGUCACGGCGGGUUCCUGGUGCCAUGACUGAUGACGAGCUAUUCGCUGUUAAGAAUGAUGGAGAGGAUGUUGGGUUUGGUGAUGAGCUUACUGAGGGAGAGAGGAACAAAUUGGAGGCAGCUUUAAAGAUGGAAACUUCAGAUUCUGGUUAUUUCACUCAACAAAAUGAUCAGGGCCCGGUUGUUGAUAUGACUCCUACUCGUAAUGGGGGAUGUAGUGAUGUAAAUAAAGAGCGGAAUGGAUGGUUUGGAAAUUGGAAUAAUGGUAAAGCUCCCAAGCAUGGCUUGGAGAAGAAGGAUUUAGCUUCAAGGCAAUCUCUUUGUGGUGAAGAGAAGGUAAAUGAUCUCCCGGAGGGUUCAUCAAAGAUGCCAUAUAAGCAAGAAAAAAAUUCUAUUGAUAGGAGUAGAGAUGAGUCCAAAAAAAUUGCUGCAAGUUUGGAGAAUGGUCAUCAACUCAAGGAGAGUGUAAGAGAGAAUGAAUAUAGCAAGGGUUUAAAACCAGUUCUAUGGCUUUCUCCUAAUUUUCCAUUGCAAACAGAGGAGCUUCUCCCUUUGCUGGAUGUUCUUGCAAACAAGGUUAAGGCUGUACGUCGUUUGAGGGAACUGCUUACCACUAAGCUUCCAAGUGGCACGUUUCCUGUGAAGGUUGCUAUUCCAGUGAUCCCAACAGUUAGGGUGGUGAUCAGUUUCACAAAGUUUGAAGAACUACAAUCGACAACUUCUGAAGUAUUCCGCACACCACUUUCAACCCCUAAGAGGGAAUCCCCUGUAAUAAAUUCUGCUAAUUGGGCUCAAUGGUUAAUUUCUUCCUACUCUACUGAUAACUUCCAACCUAAAGCAUCACCAGAACAUAGCAACUCUUCCAUGGAUUUGCAGGAUCCCUUCAUUAUUCCUCCUAAUUAUGAGUGGACAACCUCUGAAGCAAAGAAGAAGAAGAAGAAGAACCAAGAGGCUAAUGGGAAACCAAAGAAGCGGCAGGGUUAGUACAUAUGUUGACUUCUCAACAAUUGUUACUUUCAUGAUUUGUUAAUACAACUGAGAUUACAGAAUUAUUAAGUGAAAUACAUAAGUAUUUGGAAGGUGAAUGAAGUCUGCAUAGUAAAAAUCUUGCUUGCGAGUUAUGUAAUUUGUGAUUUUUUUUAUAAUAUGAAAAUUGCAAUAGCA